AUGAAAUGGCUAGAGAACAAGGGCUGCAGGUGGGAGAAGCUCAAUGCAGAGCCAGGCGAUCUUCUCGUCUGGGACAGCCGCUGCCCGCACUAUAACCUCAGCCCAACCGGCGACGCCCCUCGAUUCUGCAUAUACACCUGCUAUAUGCCCGCGACAGAUGCCAACGCGGAGGAGCUGGAGCGAAAGAAGAAUGCUUUCUAUGAGACUAAGAGUACCACACAUUGGCCUAAUGCCUUGAAUGUUGGCGGAGUUCCAAUCAAGAAGGGCGGCAAGGAUUGCCCAUACAACGGCUGGAAGGCGAGGAAACCUGUUGAGCUUUCCAAGAGGGGAUUCAAGUUGAUCGGCAUCUCUUACAUCAAGGCUGUGUUUGCUUAA